AUGACCUGGCUAGGACCUUCCCGAAUGCCAUACCAGCCUAUUUGGGCGGGCAUCGCGACAGAUCAGGCAUUUAUUGGCUACGGUGAAGUGGAUCUGGAUGCCAUGCUCACGUGGAAGGAUCCGUUGCGGUAUAGGAGCUGA